AUGGGUUGCGGUGGAAGUAGGGCUGAUACGAUCGAACCCCGGUACUACGAGAGCUGGACCAGAGAAACUGAGUCGACAUGGCUUACGAACACAGAUACAGAGGUAACCCAGACUGCCAUCGUCAGCUAUAGUAACAGUCAUCAACGUGGGACUAAUGACAGCACAGACACGGCGAUGAAGGAAAACACGGCAACAUGCCCAGAAGACAGUGGCCAUACAGAUCCAGUGUGCACCAGUUCCUCUGCCAGGGAAAAGAAGAUGGUGAACAUAGGCACACAAUGUGGAAGACAGCCUUUCCAUUCCACUUUCACCAAGAGCAAUCAGAAGAGACCUCUCCAGAGAGAUGAGGUGAAUUUGAAUACCAAGAAACCCUCCAAGGAGGCGGUUGCAACCAAAAGUGUUCACCAUGUAUCCUGCAUGGAGAAAACAGCACCCUGA